CGGAGCACUUCCGGAAGGUUAGCCUUCCCACAACCGGAAGUGUCUUUGGUGCGCGGGAUCGGCGCAGCGGAAGCGUUCCGGCUAUGGGCCGCAACAAGAAGAAGCAGCGAGAUGGCGACGACCGGCGGCAGCGACUCAUCCUGAGCUUCGAUGAGGAGAAGCGGCGGGAGUACCUGACAGGCUUCCACAAGAGGAAGGUGGAGCGGAAGAAGGCAGCCAUUGAGGAGAUCAAACAGAGGCUGAAGGAGGAGCAGAAGAAGCUCCGGGAAGAGCGCCACCAGGAAUACUUGAAGAUGCUGGCAGAGAGAGAGGAGGCUCUGGAGGAGGCCGACGAGCUAGACCGGCUGGUGACAGCGAAGACAGAGUCGGUACAGUAUGACCACCCCAACCACACAGUCACCGUGACCACCAUCAGCGACCUGGACCUCUCAGGGGCCCGACUGCUCGGCCUGCCCCCGCCUGAGCAAGGGGCCGGGUCUGGGCCUGAGGAGGAAGCGUCAUCCGUGGAGAAGCUGACCAGAGCCUUACCCAAGAAGUCCAGAGACCCUCUGCUGUCCCAGCGGGUAAACCGAGGCCCAAGCCUCACCAGCCUUCCUCCCAUAGGAUCUCCUCUCUCACGGCCUCACUGCAUGCACACAGUCGCAAAAAGGUCAAGAGGAAACGUCUUCGCCGGGCCCAGGACACCACCAAGAAGCCCCCGAGCACCACUCGUACCAGCAAGACCCAGCGCCGCCGGCUGACAGGCAAAGCCCGGCACAGCGGGGAGUGAGCUCUGAGACCCCGGCCAGGCACCAGCCUGGUCAGCAAGGACCUGUCCUGUCUUAUAACCCAGCCUGCACCCAGGCAGUGACUACACCCCAGGCUUGUGAGGCCAGCACCCCUCCAGCCUGGGGUUUGGACUCCAGAAGGUGUGGGCAGCUGAGAGCCGGCCUCCCCCAGGAGAAGCCUCUGGGGGCCAAGUUUGGGGCGUCUGCCCAAAUGUGUACCUCCCUGGACCUUCAUCAGAUUUGUGAAACUAUGCACACAUGUGGUUGGUUUGUCCCUGACCCUGAUGCCACACGCCAAGGGCAGGCGUUUGGGGAGGUGGAAGCUGUUGGGCGUGGGUCACCCUCGCUGUCCCACAGCUCUCCCUCUGGGCAUGUAAAGGUGGCGCUAGGCCUGGGCCCCCUGAUGGGAUGAAGACCAGCACCACCCCUGGCAGACCCAGAGUCUGCCUGCUGCUCUGGAGCGCCAGCCGGAGGGUGAGCGAGAUGGGCUCUCCCUUCUAGCUGGGACGUUGGGCCUGCCCUUCCCCUUGGCCUUUCUGGUCUCCUCAGCUGACCUCAAAGGAGUGGAGAUGGGGGGUCCUGGAGUAUUCUCACCCCCAACUUGGGCGGCUUCCGUAGGCUUCCAGCAGCUCCCAGACAGCCCAACAGAGAAAGAGUGAUGAGUCAUUUGUAAAAAAAAAAUACCUUCUCACUGAAAUCGUGGCUGGCGGGUGCUCGGUGAGGGCUGCCGAUUCUUCACACUUCUUCCAGGUGCGGCUUCAGAGCCGAUGGAAACCAGCCUUGUUGCAGCAGCUGAGUGGCCUGCGUCACUCAUACUCCGCUCUUCUGAUGGAGCUGGGCUGGUGGCAGGGUGUAGGUCCGUCUGCCGCAGGUGGGUGUGGCGCGAGGGUGGGCAGCCAGAGCACCUGUUCUGGAGAUUCGGACCCUGCUUGUGCUGACUGGUUCCCGUGGUUGUGAACCAGGGCCCAGGAAUUUCGGCUGCCACCCUGAUUAGGGGAGCUGUGUCUGGCCCUGACACUAGGACUGCAGAGGAGAGAAGGGUGAGCUUUCAGCCCCUGUGAAGCUGGUGGGCUAUUGAGUAUGUGUGAAGGGGAAGCAGGUUCCGCCCCUGCACCCAGCGGGGCUCCUGGAGGAAAGGGGGCCAGGAUCUGCAGUCUGCAGGGUAGGCCUUCCCCUUCGCUCACCAUGGAUGCCUGCCGGGCACAGUCCUGGCCUUGCACUGGGCAGGCUCUCUCCCAUCACCAUCAAAACCCACCAUCUGGGGCUUCCCUGUUGGCUCAGGUAAAGAAUCCACCUGCCAGGGCUGGGGACAUAUGUUCAAUUCCUGGUCGGGGAUCACACGUGCCGCAGAGCAAGUAAGCCUGUGUGCCACAACUACUGAGCCCCUGCUCUAGAGCCUGCUUGCUGCAACUGAAAAGCCCGCGCAGCAGUGAAGACCCAGUAAAGCCAAAAAAAACCCAAAAAACAAACCACCAUCUGGUGCUGGCUGUGCAAGUCUGAAGGCCACACCUGGCCGUGGGAACAUGAAGCUCAGGGUUUAUGGCUGGGCGGCCUGGUGACCUGGCUUCUCUGGCUCCUUCCACCUGAUCUCUCUGCUGCCUUCCUGUUGUCCUCCCCAUGUGACUUAGGGUGGGGCCACUCGCCUCACUUGGCUGCCUCCGUCCAUGGCAGAGGGCGGGGUCUGUUACUGGGCCAUCUAGAUGGUUCUGGUACUUGACCCAGGGCAGUGAGUCUCCUCCUCACAGGCCCUCAUGAGCAGGAGCAGAGAUGAGCCCGGGGGCUUUGCACACAUGGCCAGGCUGGGGUUUGAGUCCUAGUUCUACUGCUGGCCCACUAUGUGACCUCCCUGCUGCUGACCUCCCUGGAACUGUUACCCCUACAUGUAAGGUGUCAUAAGACACCUACCUCGCAAGCCUGCCCGGAGACUGAAGUGAGACCACAUGCAUGAACCAUUUCCCAUGGCUCCUGGCGUUCCUGGGUGCGCCUUCCGUGUGUGCCGCUGCUGCUCAGACACCUGACCCUGCUGUCCAUCCCCAGUGCCAUAGGGUCUUUUCACAACUUACAAUCUACAUUUGUAACCAUCUGUAUUAAAUUCUCAUCUGUUUUUC